AUGGGCUUCCUGGGCGACAAGUACAAAUCAUUUACCAAUUUCAAGAACGGCCGCAACGCGGAUGGAUCCUCGAAGAUCUCGGAUGAGGACCUGCAGAAGUACACUGGCAUGGACAGAGCCGAGUUGGACAAAUUCGCUGCCAACACGCCUGGCGUUGGGGCAAACCAGAACGCCGGAUCAAUUACCGCUGGUGGAAAUAACGGGCUGUAUAAUGGGGCUUAUACCACGAGACAUCGCGUCUCUUAUGAAGCACUUACGACGGAUCUAGCACUCCUCGGCGUGCCUGGUGCGCGCAAUCUAUAA